AUGGAUCAUCAAAAAUUGAAUGAAUAUAGUGAUGAAGACAUGUGGAUAACUCUCGAUGAUUAUCCUACGGAUAAUCAUAUUCGUCAACGUAAUGUACGCCGACAAUCAACAAUUAAUAAUAUGUUAAUGGAAAUAAAACAACAACAAAUAGGUACAAAUGAAAAAGUAAAUAGACUAUACGAAUUACAAGUCGAUAUGGGAAAAAGCAUGCAUCAACUUUAUGAGGUACAAGUCGAUAUGAGAAAAAAUAUUAAAAAAAUUUAUGAAGAACAGAGGGAUGUCAUAAUAUCCACAACUUGGGUAUCGAGAGGAAUACCCAGAUAG